AUGUGUAACACACACAUGACAAAUGAUAGAGAGAAAAAAAGUAAUUAUGGAACUUCGUCUGUAGCUGUUAAUGUCAGUGCGCAGGCUGAUCUACUUACUGCAAACAGACCCAACAAAUGUGGUAUUUGUGGCAAAUUGUUUGCUAGAUCAGGUGAUCUCGAGAGACAUGGUUCCAUUUGUACUGGGAAAAGACUUCACAAAUGUGAUAUUUGUGACAAAUGGUUUGCCCGGUCAGGUAAUCUAAACGCACAAAUAUUAAUUCACACUGGAAAGAAACCCCAUAAAUGUAAAAUUUGUGUGAAAUCUUUUGCUAGGGGGCACCAUCUCAAGAGACACUUCUUAAUUCACAUUGGAAAGAAACCUCACAAAUGUGAUAUUUGUGGGAAAUCUUUUGCUGGGUCAGGCGUUCUCAAGAGACAUAUAUUACUUCACACUGGAGAGAAACCUCACAAAUGUGAGAUUUGUGGGAAAUAUUUUGCUUUGUCAUGUUAUCUUAAGACACAUGCAUUAAUUCACACUGGAAAGAAACCCCAUAAAUGCGAUAUUUGUGGGAAAUCUUUUGCUAGGUCAGGAAAUCUCAAGACACAUGUAUUAAUUCACAUCGGAAAGAAACCUCACAAAUGUGAGAUUUGCAACAAAUCGUUUGCCCGGUCACGUCAUCUCAAGCAACACGGAUUAAUUCACACUGGAGAGAAACCUCACAAAUGUGAGAUUUGUGGGAAAUCUUUUGCUAGGUCAGGCGUUCUCAAGCAACAUUCAUUAAUUCACUCUGGAAAGAAACCCCAUAAAUGCGAUAUUUGUGGGAAAUCUUUUGCUAGGUCAGGUGAUCUCAAGACACACUCAUUAAUUCACACUGAAAAGAAACCCCACAAAUGCGAUAUUUGUGGCAAAUCGUUAGCCACAUCAGGUUCUCUCAAGAGACACACAAUAAUCCACACUGGAACGAAACCUUACAAAUGUGAGAUUUGUGGGAAAUCUUUUGCCCAUUCAGGUCAUCUCGAGAGUCACAUAUUAAUUCACACUUUAAAGAAACUGCACAAUUGAGAUUUGUGGGAAAUCAUUUGCUAGAUCAGGUGAUCUCAAGACACAUACAUUAGAACACAUUAGUAGGAGACCUCACAAAUGUGAUGUGACAAAAGUUUCAUUCAGGUGGGAACUCUUAACACACAUGCACUACUUCACAUCAAAAAGAAAUUACGACCAACAUAUUUUCCUGAUUGGUGCUCUAAAGGCCUAUAAAACAAUGGAUGUGGCAGGGGGACAGUAAAUUGUAUUGCCUGUGAAAGAAAAUUAAAAUGUGGUAGGAUUGUGAAAAAAUGUUCAAUAAUGUGACACUAUAUAAAUCCGUAUCUGCUGCUUUACAUGUCAAGAAAUGGUAAUCCUAAAUACUCCAGAAACAUGAAUCAAAUGUGUUUUUGUCAUUAGCUUUGCUGCUUUUUCCUAUCGAUCUUGAGACAAGAAGAUUGUGAAUUGUGAAUUGUGAUAAAUCCUUACAUUUGUCAGUAAUCAUAAGUACUAUGCAAUAUUCAGUAUAAGGCCAAGGAAAUGUGAUGACUUGCUGUUUAUUAUUCCAAACAGUCAUAAUGUAGUACUUGUAUCUAUGUAUUUUAGAAACAGUGACAGUAAAUAUAUAUUCAUGGCACUUGCUUCAUUCAGACUGGUAACAUCAAAACUGGAGAAACACAAUUAUAAUAAUUGUUUUACUUGGAUAUGUUUUCUCAAGGGAUUUGCUGUGUCAUUAAUAGUGUGUACAUUUAUGUUCUGUUAGUACUAAUCCUGCAUAAGUACAUGUAACAACAAAUAUAGCAACCUGCUUAAUAGCAUGUUUGUCCACCGUUGGAACACAGUACUUGACACAUCAUUUACAUGUUUCUGGGUUUAUGUUGCACCAGUUGUAUGCCACACAUUGAUAUCAGCUAUAUGGUGUGGUCAAGACAUCGGUGUUAGUUACCAUGUUACUCAGACCAAUGUGGAGUUGUUCUGCACAUGUGACAUGGACAAUUAUCCUGCUGAAAGAUACCUUCAGCAUGGAAGAGCUCACCAGGAAUGCAGUUGCAAUAAAGGUCACAUAGUCUGCAACUAUAAUGAUGCCUUCUAUUACUACCAAAUGUCCCAUAGGAGCCAAAGUGACUGCCCCCAUAGCGUAAUGCGCCCUCCAUCUGGCGCCAUUCACCUAUAUAGCAUAUCUGGACGUACAGCUGACCUGGUGUAACAGGAAAUGUCACCCAUCCUGACAGUUAACGUUUGCAUUGACCUUCAUUCCAGCCUCAGUGAUCCCUUGCCCACUGCAGUUGCAAUUUAACAUUUUGGUGGAUCGAUAUGGAAACAUACAGUGACCAUAUUUUGUGGAGCCCCAUGUUCAACAAUGUACAUUAAAUUGUGGGUUCAAAAACGUGUAUGGCUGCUCCAGCAUUGUUAUCCCUCAUUAGAUAUGCCACAUAUUGCCUCAUGUCCAGCUUUACAGAGCAGGCAAGCAUCUGACUUCCAUGAUUGGUGUUGAAGUGUAUCUGUAUUACAUCUUUUCAUAAGGUUAUGGAUUUAUCACCUUUCAGCCACUUCCACAGAUGUUCACAACAGUAGCAUAGAUCCAGCCAACCAGCUUCACCACUUUUGAGCUGCUCGUUCCCAACAGCCAUGCCAUUGUAACUUCAUGUUUGCUAAAGUCACUUAUGUCAUUGGAUUUACAUGUUUGCAACCCAUCUAACUGGUAGAACAAUUCCUUGUAAAUCUCUGGUCUGCUUACUGCAUCAUGUGCAUACAAUAUGUGGCGUUCAUUCUCCUCAUGGGCAGUGUUCAUGACAUUUUUGCCCAUCAGUGCAUCUUCACGUAAAUCGGUCAGAUGCGAAACUGUAAUUUAAGAAAUUCGUCAUGCUUGGUUGCCAUUUACACCAGUGCACAAUAGCUGUAUUUUUUUGUGAAAUAUUUUUGUUUCACAAAGCUCUGUACAUGAUUCAGAGAUAAUGUAGAUAAGUGUUAUGCACCAAAGCUCUUAAUUAUUUGUUCAUCAUUUAAUACUGUAAGUUCUACAAAAAAAAUGAAAUAGGUAAACAAACGUUAGGUGUUAUGAUUUGAUUCCAGUUAUUUGUAUACACAAGAACAACACUUGGGAGAGCUCAGAACGUGAGCACCAAAUAUUUCUUGUUAUAUUCAAAGAUGUUUCCAUUGUGGGUAUUUUUCUUAAUUUGUGUAAAUAUACAUGAGGUUUUUGGAAAUCUGUACUUAUGCUUCAUUUUUAGUUUCAGAACAAUUGUUUUUAAUUCUCUACCUAUUUGUUAUUGUUGAAAGUGGUUUAGUAUGUUCCAUCAUAUGUGUAACAAUGGGAGACAGUUGUAAUUGAUUGGCACUGUUCUGUGUUGCUACACUUCAGCUGUGACACUUUGUAGUGAUGUGGUUACAUUGUAUCCCAUCUUUCUCAUGAUAGUACAUCCACAACUGCUGCAUAGGUUAUUCAUAAUAGCCAAUAUCCAUAUACAUUUGUAUUAAAUAUUAAAUUUGUAUUAGAUAUUAUUUUCCAAUAAAAGGAAAGAAAAACUGGG